CUUCUGAAAGUCGAACCUGAAGAAUGGAAAACACGAUCAAGCAUGCUAUUGUGAUCAAGGUUAUGGGACGGAAUGGAUCUCGUGGGCAGGUGACUCAAGUGAGGGUGAAGUUUCUGGAUGACCAGAACCGUUUCAUCAUGAGGAACGUCAAGGGCCCAGUCAGGGAGGGUGAUAUCCUUACCUUGCUCGAGUCUGAGAGGGAUGCAAGAAGGUUGCGUUGA